UCUGGGAAUGACCAGCGUGCAGAGGAACACACUGAGAGGGAAAGGAGACUUUCUACUUUGCGCAGCGUCUGCAGCCAGAUGCUGCACAUUCCUGCUCCUCACCAGCGUGUACUUUGACUUGUUUUUCUGAUGGGGAAGCACUCAAUUAUUUUAGUUGUAGGGGGGCUUCUUUGAGCAGGAGAUCCAACAUAAUGUCUGCCGCUCAAGGACUCCUCAACAGCGUCUUCUCCUGCUCCUCUCCUGCCUCCAAAGCCAUUACCAAACGGAGGCUACGCCAAACCCGGAGCCUGGACCCGGCUAUCAUACGACACUGUGACACCGGGACGGAGGGAAUAAUAGCCGCGGAUUUCUCCGGAGUUCUGGACAUAGGUGCGUCCUCGGAGCGCUUGGAUGUGAAACCGGCUUUACGCACGAGGAUUCCGACACUUAAAGAGCUCAUUACGCCGUCCAUAUCCUCUCCCUCCAUACCUUUGGAUGUUUCCCCAUCUUCAAACUUCCAUUUUGACUAUGAUAUAGUGAAGCGCCCCAAAAGGAAUACUGCGGGGGAUUUACCGUUUCUGGUGAGGGGGCCCGGUUCGACACCGACCGGGAGCACCGGCACGCUGUUCUCCCCGCGGAGGUGGCUUCAGAGGAAGGUGCAGCAGCCCAGCUCUCACGCUUACGUGGUGUGGAAAUCAGAGGGUGACUUCACCUGGAGCAGCCUGUCGGGGCGGAGCGUGCGCCUGGCACCGGUUUCCAUCCAGAGCCUGUCGGAGCUGGAGAGGGCAAAGCUGCAGGAAGUAGCCUACACCCGUUUACACCAGGACUAUGACCUGGGAUGCCAGAUAACCAUGCCAAAAGAUGGACAGAAGAGGAAAAAGUCGCUGAGGAGGAAGUUGGAUUCGCUUGCAAAAGAAAAGACCAAAGACAAAGAAUGCCUACCCCAGGCCUUCAAUAUAGUGCUAUCCCAAGUCAUUGCUAAUGACAGAACGCAGAGGCAGCGCCAGGACGGCUAUCGUCAGGACCAUCAACAUCGCGGGGACCACAAGGACUCCUCUGACCUCGUCUCGUCCAUUUUACAGUUUGCCACCAAGCGGUCGUCCAAUAAGGAGUUAUCCAGCAGUAACUCGUCUUUGAGUUCUACAUCGGAAACAGCCAAUGAGUCAACGUCCCCCAACACGCCUGAGGCUCCACCACGAGCACGCAGGAGGGGAGCCAUGUCAGUGGACUCGAUCACGGACCUGGACGACAACCAGUCCCGGCUGCUCGAGGCCCUGCAGCUGUCUCUGCCGGCAGACACGCCGAGCAAGAAGGAGAAGCACCGGGACAAAAGGCUGAGCCUGAAUCCCAUCUACCGGCAGGUUCCCCGGGUGGUGGACAGCUGCUGUCAGCACAUCGAGAAAUACGGUCUGCAGACGGUGGGGAUCUUUCGCGUGGGAAGCUCCAAGAAGAGAGUUCGACAGCUUCGUGAGGAGUUUGAUCACGCAAUUGAUGUGCAGCUGGACGAGGACCAGAGCGUUCACGAUGUGGCUGCUCUACUGAAGGAGUUCCUCAGGGACAUGCCCGACCCUCUUCUCACCAAGGAGCUCUACACGGCCUUCAUUAACACCACAUUGCUGGAUUCAGAUGAGCAGCACAAUGUCACUCAGCUACUCAUCUACCUGCUCCCAGCAUGCAACAGUGACACUCUCCACCGCCUCCUGGAUUUUCUGUACACCGUGACCGACCACGCUCAUGAUCGGCUGGACAAAGACGGACAGGAGAUCACAGGGAACAAGAUGACGUCUCUGAACCUGGCCACCAUCUUUGGCCCCAACCUGCUCCACAAGCAGAAGAACUCGGACAAAGAGUUCAGUGUUCAGAGCUCCGCCCGCGCCGAGGAGAGCACGGCCGUCAUCGCCGCGCUGCAGAGGAUGAUCGCCAGCUACCAGACCCUCUUCAUGGUGCCUCCUGAUCUGCAAAAUGAGGUGUUGAUGAAUCUGCUGGAGACAGAUCCAGAUGUGGUGGACUACCUUCUGAGAAGAAAAGCAUCGCAGAGCCCCGACCUGCUGCAGUCAGACGACCCCUUCACUCUGAGCGAGCGCCAUUCCUCCAGCGACUCCAACAAGGUGUCCAGCGGCGAGGUGUCCCCAUACGACAACAACUCCCCCAUCCUGAGUGAGCGGAGAGGAGAGCAGGGCAGCCCGGGCAGCGAGCCGCUCUUCCGUGUCCCAGAGCAGUUCAGUGUGGGGGGGCAGGUGGCCGGCUGGAGCAGAGAGUCUGGGGCCGACACUUGGGGAAGCAAAGACGCUAUAUCAGAGGAGCAUGCAAAUAUUUGGGGGACUUGGCACACUACGAUGAAACCAGCACUCAAAGAACACGCAUACACAGGUUCCCAUGGCAACAUGUCAGAGGGGAGUUCACGCAGCUCGCAGGAAGGUCUCGACGGGCUCCAUGGCGAUGGCAGGCAGCAGAUGACGCUCCACCGGACAAAGACGGCGCCGGGUGUCGCCGAGUGCCCGAGAUCCCACCCCCCCGUCACCAGAGUGUGCACCAGCCCUCACAUGACGUCACACCUCUACAGCACGCAUCGAGCGAGUGGACUCACCGCAACCCCCAGGCCUCACGGCGGGGGGAACUCUGCUGACGCUCCUGGGGGGCUGAACGACAGCCGCUCCCCCCCCCCUUACAACGCCCACCACCGACUGGCGGGCUCGCCUCCCGCUCCGACCCAGCAACCCCCCCUGCAGCACGGGAGGCUGACUGUGGCGCAGAGCGUGGCGCAGAGCGUGGCCCCGGACAGCCAGAUGGGGCCGCAGAGCCCCGAGUGGCAGGACUGGCAGAGGGACCGCUGGCAGAUCUGGCAGCUGCUGUCCUCGGACAACGCCGACGCUCUGCCCGAAACGCUGGUGUGACCUCACAGCGAGAACUCAACCCCUGCAGAGAUCAAACCCCUCCAACGACAAUCAAUCCCUUUCUUCAUUUCAUCUUUCAGCCUGCCUUUAUCCACUCAUGGAUCCAUGGAUUUCCUCCUUCCCAUGAACCCUCUGUGCUUCUCCUGCAUCCUAGCGCCACGGCGUUGUUGUUUACGUGUGCAGCUGCUGCCUUAUACAGACUUCUACAUCCAGAGAGCCAUUAGUAUUUCUUUUAAAAAAUGGAUGUUGCUUCUGUUCCUUGCCCAAUAUGCGUUGUCCAUAAUGACAUGUUGAGAAUGCCCACAAGAAAUACCUCAAAAAACGAUCCUUUCACCACGAACAUACUUUCUAUUUAGCGUGAGUCAAGUCUUCAUAUCUCAAUGGAGAACAGUAGGAAAACACGUCUCUUUAGUUGGUUAUAUUUUCAUUCUUUUAUACAUUUUUUUUCACCAUACAGACACUAAGAUGUACCCAUUGAUAUUUGCUGCUAAAUGUAAAUUCCUUUGUGUGCAUACUGGUAUUGUAGUUUAGCCAAACCUGUCUAAAAAUAUCAAAUGUUGAAUUGCUUGAUGUUUGAUGUAUAUAGACAAACAUAAACAAUAUAUAUGUAAAUUUACAUUUUAUAUAUAGACAUUUUAUUCAUUGGGAUAAACCCCUUGAGAUGCACCAUCUCGUUUUCAAGGGGGUCCCGACAAGAGCAACAACUUACAGACAUGCAUAGACAAAAUGCAAAACAUGACACACAAGACAAACCACAUACAGUCUGUUAAGUGAAAUUCAAGCAAUGCACACAAUCAUUACAAUUUGAGACAGUCAAGCAACUCAGUUUCAUCAAUA